UUUCUCUCUCUCUUUCAACUUCUCUCUCUCUGAACUCCUCUCUAAAUUCUUUCUCUUUCUCUCUCUCUAAUGAAAUGUGUCACGAUUGACUUAUUCGACAAACAAACCUAAUUUAAUGUUUGCAUCCCUUUGGACCUCUCUUUCAACAACCCUAGCCCUUAGUCAAAUCGAGAUCAAUAAAUAAACGAUGCCUAGUUCAACAUUAGACCUGGUACCUCAAGCUUUUGGCUUUCUCCAGGGUUUAAAACUGAGGAAUUUCUCGCAGAGAUGUCUUCAAAUUUGGAUUUGUUCUAGGGUUUUGAGAUGGAGCGGGGGAAAUCGUGUUAUUUUCUGGUGUUUGUGGUUUAUUAUCUAUGUUAUAUGGUCAUGUUUGGAGGAGCUCAAGUCACUAAUCCAAAUGAAGUCACUGCUUUACAAGCAAUCAAGAGUAGACUGGAUGAUCCUUUUAACAAUUUGGGAAAUUGGGGCAGAGGUGAUCCAUGUACUUCAAAUUGGACUGGGGUCCUGUGCUUCAAUGAACCGCAAGAUGACGGCUACUUGCACGUUAGGGAACUGCAACUACUAAAUAUGAAUCUCUCUGGUAAUUUGGCACCUGACAUUGGUCAGCUAUCUUAUAUGGAAAUAUUCGAUGUUAUGUGGAACAAAAUAACUGGAUCCAUACCAAGGGAGAUCGGCAAUGUCAAAUCUCUGAAACUUUUGCUUGUUAAUGGGAAUCAAUUAAAUGGUUCUUUGCCAGAAGAGAUUGGUUAUCUUCCUAACUUGGAUCGUAUACAAAUAGACCAGAACCAUAUAUCAGGACCAAUACCAAAGUCAUUUGCAAACCUAAACAUGACAAAGCACUUUCACAUGAACAAUAACUCACUUAGUGGGCAAAUUCCAGCAGAACUUUCUAGAUUACCCCGCUUGGUUCACUUUCUGCUGGACAAUAACAAGUUAACAGGUAAUCUUCCGGAGGAAUUGUCAAACAUGCCAAGCUUGCUUAUUCUCCAACUUGAUAAUAACCAGUUCACUGGUAGCCACAUUCCAGCCUCCUACAGUAAAAUGUCAAAAUUGUUGAAGUUGAGUCUUAGGAACUGCAGCUUGCAAGGGAGUAUUCCAGACUUAAGUAGUAUUCCUGACCUUGGCUACCUAGAUCUUGGCUUGAACGAGCUUUCUGGACCCAUACCAACAGGGGGAAUUUCUCAAAAUAUUACUACAAUUGACCUAUCCAACAACACUCUGAAUGGAUCAAUUCCUUCAAGCUUUUCUGGCCUUCCACUUCUGCAAAGAUUGUCACUUGCUGGCAAUCAAUUGAGUGGUUCCAUUCCAUCCGACCUUUGGCAGAAUAUAUCAUUUAGCAGCAAUGCAACACUUAUUUUGGAUCUUGAGGACAACAUGUUUUCUAACAUUUCUGGUGUAUUGAAUCCUCCUGCAAAUGUCACCAUCAAGCUUCGAGGAAAUCGUAUUUGUACAAAUGCAAACAACCUCAAUAUAUCCCAAUACUGUGGAAUUCAAAUUACUAACGAGGAAGCAGUUGACAUUACAAAAGUUGAUUGCCCCCCUCAGGCAUGCCCUACUGCGAACCUCUUCGAAUAUGUUCCUAAAUCACCUGUUCCAUGCUUUUGUGCUGCACCAAUUAAAGUUGGAUAUCGUUUGAAAAGUCCUGGAAUUUCGUCUUUCCCUCCCUAUAUGAUGCCUUUUGAAGAGUAUAUAACAUCUGGUCUAAACAUUGACCUUUAUCAGCUAGUCAUCGAAACUUUUAUCUGGGAGGAGGGUUCUAGACUAAGAAUGUAUCUGAAACUUUUCCCUCAGUUCAGUAAUGUCUCCUAUACUUUCAACUUAAGUGAGAUUCAAAGAUUAAGAGGCAAGUUUACUGGGUGGACGAUUCCUGAUAGUGAAGUCUUUGGCCCUUAUGAAUUGCUCGAUUUCACUCUUCAGGGACCUUAUGCUGGUGUGGUUCUAGAGUCUUCAAAGUCAGGGAUAAGCAGUGUUGCCAUUGUUGGCAUUGUACUAGGAGCUAUCGCUGUUACUGUUGCAUUGUCUUCAAUUAUCUUUCUUUUCAUCUUGAAAUGGCACAUGAAAUCCCAACGUGGUGUCUCAAGAAGGCGUCACCUCUCAAAGUCCCUUAUCAAAGUAGAAGGUGUCAAAAGCUUCAGUUUUGGGGAGAUGGCAUUAGCCACAAACAAUUUUAGCAGUUCCUCUCAAGUUGGCCACGGAGGUUAUGGAAAGGUCUAUAAAGGAAUUCUAGCAGACGGAAAAAUAGUUGCUAUAAAGCGUGCAGAGGAAGGUUCUCUACAGGGUCAGACAGAGUUCCUUACAGAAAUUGAGUUACUGUCACGCCUGCACCAUCGUAACCUAGUCUCUCUUGUUGGGUAUUGUGAUGAAGAAGGUGAACAGAUGUUGGUUUAUGAGUUCAUGCCAAACGGCAACCUGCGAAAUCACCUUUCUGAAAAAGUGAAGGAACCAUUGAAUUUUGCCAUGAGGCUACGCCUAGCAUUGGGCUCAGCUCGAGGCAUAUCAUAUCUUCACAAUGAAGCCAAUCCUCCUAUAUUCCACCGUGAUAUCAAAGCUAGCAACAUUUUGUUGGAUUCGAAAUUUAUCGCUAAAGUUGCAGAUUUUGGGCUGUCAAGGCUUGCGCCUGUUCCGGAGCUUGAGGGUGAUGCCCCAGAACACGUUUCCACUGUGGUGAAAGGCACCCCGGGUUACCUUGAUCCAGAAUACUUCUUAACCCACAAGUUAACAGACAAAAGCGAUGUGUAUAGUUUGGGAGUUGUGUUUCACGAGCUCCUAACUGGGAUGCAUCCCAUUUCACAUGGGAAAAAUAUUGUCCGAGAAGUAAACAACGCGUACCAAUCAGGAAUGCUAUGCUCAAUUGUCGACCCACAUAUGGGCUCUUACCCUUCGGAAUGUAUCGAACAGUUUGCAAGGUUGGCUUUUCGGUGUUGCCUUGAUGACACAGAGGGCCGACCUGCCAUGACCGAGGUGGUUCGAGAGCUCGAAAUCAUCUGGAAAAUGACCCCAGAGUCUGACUCUCUGCCAUCUGAAUCCGUGGACAUAGCCACUGGAAAAUUAACUCCCUCCUCAUCCUCUGAUAAGAAACCAUUCUUAUCAUAUGAUGUUUCGGGAAGCGAUCUUCUUAGUGGCGUGAUCCCGCGCAUUGCUCCUCGCUGAGAUGGAUACCAUUUUAUUUAUGGCUAUGAUACCAUGGCUUCUUCCUAGUUAUAUUACCCAACCAUGCCUUUUCUUCUACGAGUGGUCCACUGUAUGUGUGUAUUUGUGUUUGUAUAUUUGUACAUUAGUGUAUUAACUUCAAGGUUAUCCUAAUUUUUUGGUUGCUGAGUAUGCAGCUAGUGUUAACACC